AUGGCCUUUUUCGUUACCGUUCGUCUUUACCUUGUGCUUCUUUCGAGCAUAAUUGCUGGUAGUUCCAGCUUUUGUCCAUCCCUAUCAGUGAUAGCCAGUGUUAUGCAUCUGUCAGAAAAUAUGGCCGGUGUGAUGAUAUUGGCAUUCGGAAACGGAACGCCUGACAUCUUCACGUCUCUCGUAUGCCGUAGCGAGGAUUUUAUAAUCAUGUUUAUGGAAUUGAUAAGCGCAGGAAUCUUCGUGACAACGAUAAUCGCGGGUUCCCUUGCCGUGGUCAAGCCUUUCCAUGUAUAUUUUAAGUCCUUAAUGAGAGAUACAUGCUUUUACAUAGCGGCACUCUGCUGGAUAACUUACGUUGUACAUGACGAGAGAGUUCAUCUAUGGGAAGCCAUAAGCUUCAUUCUCCUCUACGUUCUCUUCAUUGUCGGUGUCGUGAUAAUGCAAUGGCGUGAUACUCGAGAGGAAAAAGUGAAAAGUAGAAUCCCAAGCGUACCAGAUCCAGAUGUAUUACAUGCUUAUCUCCUGAACAAAGAUACGGACGCUAUCGCCAUCUCACAGAUUCCCACGAGGAGCCGUCCUUUUGGCUUCCGAGCCAAACUCGACAUCGCUAUUUCCACUGAAUUGGAGAGAGCACGAAUUCGUAGCGAUGGCAUCAAGGUUGAUAGAGAAUUCGAGGAUGUAGCCGAACGACCAAGUGGCCUCUUCAAAGAAUUUCUCUACGACAUUAAUCCGAUUUCGAGAGAGGAUUGGAAGCAAGCGAACCGAUUUUUUAAGAUCAUCCUGGUUCUAUGUGCCCCUGUUAGGUUUCUCCUACAAUUAUUUAUACCUGUUGUAAACGUUACGGCAGAAAAGAGAGGUUGGUCCAAGCUGCUAAAUUGCUUCCAGCUGUGUGUGACACCGACGGUGGCGUUGUUUCUAUUAAACGGUUAGUCGCAUUAAUCCUCGAGACGCCUACACGUAGAAAGCUUUUUCUCU